CAUGUAUAUAAAAGAUUAACAAGCCUGAAAAUCAUAUUUUCUGUUGUUGAUAAGAAUUGUCAAGAUGAUUACCUCCAGAAUUAUAGUUGUUAUAUUGGUCCUAUCUGUGUGGAUAUUGGUUGUUAAAGGAAUUGAAAUUCAACAAGCAAUAAAAUGUAAAAAGGCUUGUGUAAACGGUGGUCAGUGUGUUGUAUCUCAAGCUGCAACUCCAGGUUCAAUUUGUUCGGGUUUUCAACAAACAUGUAAUUGUCCAUCGUCUUACACUGGUGAAUUCUGUGAAACGUUCAUACUCCAGGCCAAUUGUGAAAAAGUUUGUCAGAAUGGUGGUCAAUGUGUGGCUAAUUAUCAAGAGAAAAUCUGCUCAAAUGUCUCCUUUAUCUGUGAUUGUCCCAAGAAUUACUUUGGAGAUUUGUGCGAAACAUUUAUCCCUGACCCUACAUGUGAGCCGCCAUGUAUAGCCAGCCAGGGAGAGUGUAUUAUUCUACCAAAUUCAGAAUCAGCAAGUCACCCUACUGGUAUAGCCUUCUGCAACUGUUCAUUCUCGUCAAUUGGAUAUUACCAUGGAAACCACUGUCAAUAUUAUCAGCAAAACGCCCAUUUAUGUGAUCCGCCAUGUUUACCAUUUUAUGGCGAGUGUGUUCUUCUUCGAAAUUCCCUGUUGGCAAGUCACCUGCCAGAUCGGACCUACUGUAACUGCUCAGCUAUUUCUACAGGAUAUUUCUAUGGGAGCCAAUGUCAAAACUAUAUUCCAAAUGCACGAUCCUGUCAUAUACCAUGUCACAAUGGAGGGACAUGUACGAUCAGCGGUGCGUGCAUAUGUCCAGAAUCAUCUUAUGGCUAUUAUGGACCUGGUUGUGUUGUUUUUGAAUAUGUGUGUACGCCUCCUUGUCAGAAUGGUGGAACGUGUGUUUUUAAUACCUGUCUAUGUCCCUAUACAGAAACUGGUUAUUUUACCGGCUCUACCUGUGAAACGUUUAUAUCGCCAGGUAGACCAUGUUACUCACCAUGUACUAAUGGCGGUAAAUGUGAAAGUAUUGGAGUUUGUUCGUGUACCUCAAAUUCUACACACAAUAUAAUAGGUGUCUCGGAUUGUUUCCUACAAGAAUGCGUGGGUGGCUGUUUAAAUGGGGGUACCUGUGGAUUAGGAGGUAAAUGUAGAUGUCUAAAGGAAUACACAGGUGUCAACUGUGAAACAUAUACAGGGUGCCCAUGCCUGAAUAACGGACGUUGCUUUGAAGACAAAUGUGCCUGUGUUUUUAAUGAAACUAGCGGGUUCUCUGGAGAACUGUGUGUCAACCACACAUCUUACAACCCGUGUUACCCGACCGUUUUGAAUGGUGGAAUAUGUUUAGCUAGCUAUCCCUUGUGCCCCUAUGAUGACGUGGGUUAUUUCCAUGGUGACCAGUGUGAGAAGUACAGUGUAAUAGACUGUAAUUGUACUGAGCCAGAGAAAGAAGUUUGUAUUAUGAACAUAUGUGAAUGUGAAUACAAUUUGGAAGAGGAAUAUAUAAGACAUAGGAAAGAGGAUGGCAAAUGCGGGGAAAGAAUUUAUACUUAAAACUAGAAUUGAAAUAAAAUGACCAAACAUC